GGGUGGAAAGAGGAUGAAAACCGAAACAUGGAGCUUGCACACCUGUAAAAUUUAAAAGCCACCCUCAAGAUUUGAACCAUGAAACUCGCCACUGUGGCCUUUUACGGAGUCGCUCUGGGGCUGCUGGCGGUCGGCCUGCGAGAGUUGCUAACUGGCUUCGAGGAGAACAGAUGCAGCAUGACCUAUAUGUUUGAAUACCCAGAGUAUCGGCGUGUUGCUCUGCCUCGUCGCGUGGCCAGACUGUACCCAGCAUACGGGCUCUACCUGUAUGGAGAGGGUCUGUACGCCCAGGAGACCCGAGCCCUUAAACUCACCGGUGCCCCUGUGCUGUUCCUGCCUGGAAAUGCAGGAAGUUACAAACAAGCUCGCUCCCUGGGCUCAGUCGCCUUGAGGAAGGCCGAAAACAUGGAAGCAGGUCUCCACUUCAACGUGUUCACUGUGGACUUCAACGAGGAGCUGGUGGCCCUUUACGGCGGCAGUUUGCUCAGGCAGACACAUUUCCUGCACGAGAGCAUCAAAGCCAUCCUGAGGCUCUACAAGCACCUGAAGACCCCCCCGAAGAGCGUAGUGCUUGUUGGUCAUUCCAUGGGAGGGGUGGUGGCCCGAGCGCUGUUCACGUUGCCUCGCUUCAACACUAACCUGGUCAGCCUCAUCAUCACCCAGGCCUCCCCUCACCAGGCUCCAGUGCUGGCCCUGGACCCAUACCUGCUGGAUUUCUACUCAGCUGUGAGACAGAAGUGGGUGAACCAGGCAAACAAGCUCAGGAAUGUCACAGUUCUGUCCGUCGGAGGUGGUUACCGUGACUACCAGGUCCGCUCUGGCCUGACGUCCCUUCCUUGUCCCCGAGGAGACCGUAAUAAGCUGUCGCUGGUGGUAACUGCAGUUCCCAGGACAUGGGUGUCCACUGAUCAUCUAUCCAUUGUUUGGUGCAAAGAGCUGGUUCUUGCUACUGUGAGGGCAUUUUUUGACCUCAUCGAUCCAGAAACCAGACAGUUCACAGAAAACAUGGAGAAGAAAAUGAUCGUGCUCAACCAUCACUUCAUCAGACACCCUGUCAGGAUGCUGGGAGAAACUCAAGACACCUCCAUCUCAAUCCUCGAUUUUCCUGAAGCAUGGAGUGAAGUUAACACACUACGUCUGGCUUACAGCACUCCAAAGGAAGGACAAGUCAAAUACUUUCUGUUUGCUCUGUCGAGUCGCAGGAAAGCCUACAGUCAUUUCUACUGUCGGAGCAACAACCUGGAGAUGACUAGCUGGGUGUAUGGCUGUGUGCAGAAGAACGGUUCUUCAUGUGUGCAUGCAGUGGAUCUGUCCAUGGGAAGUGAGCUUCUGCCACCAUACAAGGUCCUCAUUCUGAGUCUCAGUGACUUGUCUUCAGUUACUCAUCUGGUUGUUUCGGCCUCCAACCUCAAUGGCAGACAGUUCACAGUGGAGUGCGAGUGGCAGAGACAGGAAUCUCAGACUUUAUCGGUCCCGGUGCCACACGUCCUGUCCUUAGGUUUGGCUGCCAGCGAUGUCACAGUCAACUCCUCUGGCCUUCUUCACACCAUCGAACUGCAACACUUUCACCAAGUCUACCAGGCUUUCAGAAUUAAUGUUGCCAGCCAGUGCAAAGUAAAUAAAGAUAGAUUGCCAAAUGUGUACAGGAUAAAAGUGCCGUGGUUUCGAGAGGACUCUUUAACUACAGUCAGUGUGCCGUCAGUGACAGAAAUCUCAGGGAUGCUACAUACAAGUCGUCCAGACAAUACCUCAGGUGUCCUCCUGCAGCUCCACACUGCUCCCAACUGCCAGUAUAAGGUGUCGAUUAGAGCUUCAUUACCCAAGGUUCUGGGGCAGAUUCUGAGGUUCUGUGGUCCCAUGGUGCCAGUGUACACCGCUGUUACCCUCCUCCUGGCCUGUGGGGGGCAGCUGUCCUCCAUCUGGAAAUCGAGAAGAGCUGCAGCCAUGAGCCUGGUGGUAGCCAAAGGCCUGCAGCCUCACAAAGUCAACAUACCUGUAUAUAUUCUGCACAUCUUCCUGAGCUGUAGCUGUUUUCACGAGGUGCGGUCCUUUCUUUACCUCCCACCGAUGGAUACACUCACCCCAACUUUCCCUGAUGGGACAUUUCAUGAAGGAGUCCCACCAGCUGAAGAAUGGCCCCACCUUCUUUCCCCUCUGCUCUACAUCUUGGGGGCAGCCGUGGCAUACUGGGGCAGCACGCUGCUCCGUCUCAUCAUACGACUGAUCUCAUUAAUAUUAGCUCCACUGCACAGACCGUCUGUGUCGAGGGACUGUGGCACCUUGAGACUACGAACCCAGAUCCUCAUCACUGGGGGUCUGACUGUUAUGGGCGCGACAUCCUGUGGGGCGUUGUCAAUCUUUGUCUCCUUUCUGUUCCACCUUUAUAGGGUACUAAGGCUGCAGAUGACAGAAAGGUCCUUAAGUCACAUGCUGAAUCUGGCACCCCGGAAGCACAAAGAGACGGAAAAUGGCACAAUCGAUACUGAAUCCUUGAGAAAGACUAAAGAAUGUAGCGGCGCCCCCCUUCUGUCUGAGUGCGCUCUGCAGGAGGUGAGGGAGGACCUUCAGCUCCACCUCUGCCUAUCGGCGCUCUUCACGCUACCUGUCAUGCUCAGCGCACCCUCGCUUAUCCACUGGAUCCGCAACCUGAGGUACUCCGCCCAGUUGGAUCCUGAUCCUUGUUGGCCACACAUUGUGCCUCUAAUUAUUGUCUACAUGCUGCUCAUUAACUGCAACACUUUAAAACUCAGCAACAGUAAACUCCUGCCUCUGGCCUCCUGCCUCCCUCUCCCCUUGGCCAUCACCAUGGUGACCUUCUCUCCGCUUCACCUCUACAGAGUGUCCUACUUCUUGUUGGCAGCACUCGUCCCUCUGGCCUCGUGUUGUCUUCUCUGACGGUAUCUGGCUGGUCUCAGUCUCCAUCUCCACCAUAACAUGCCUCUCUCUAAUCCACAGCAUGACUCAGCGAAGCCGGUUGAGACAGAUUUGUACGGAGAAGACUUUCUGUAUGGAGCUGCCAUGGAGCAGAGCCAUAGACAUACAUAGCCUGGGAAACUGCCUGCUCUAUGUUAGCGCUAAAAGCUCCACGGCAAUUACACUUGGUUUUAAAAGGAGACGAUGUAAUGGCCUUGGAACAUUUGGUGCGAAUAUGGCUCCGUUAGAUUGACCCGAAACCAUGUUUGCCUUACUCUGUAUAUCUAUAGCUCUGCCUUCAGGGAGCAAGAACUCAAAAAAAAAAAAAAAACCCAGUGAAGCUACUGAUAUUAGAGAUUUUCAACAGGGUGUUACUGUUAACAUGUGCUAAUUUUAUUUUUUUUGAUUUUCUUGUUCCUCGUGUCAACAGUGGCAUUGUUCGCUGCGGUCACAAUGCUGUAAACUCCUACACUGCCUACUGCUUAGCAAUGACUUAGAGCUGUACCCGUUACUUGUUGUCUGAUGUAGCACCGCCACCGAACCAACGGCAGUGUCAUGCAUUCAUUCCAUAGGAAAAAAUCCAAAGCAAUCAUGUUUACAUUCUCCUUGUUUUUUUUUUUUCAACACACAGCUGCUGCAAAAAGAAGGGUUGCACUAGAAAAGGCUUAUGUUCAACCUCUAGAAUCUCUCCCAGUAGACAGACGAGGGAUGUUCCAUGAUCUCUGCAGGUGUAGCUAAACAGCUUCAUUAGCGUCGUCAAACUUGAGAGCGGUAUUUAUUUUACGAAAAACGUGCGUCUUGUACCGGAUACUCGCGAUGUGAGGUCACUCGUGCAUUCAUUCACUUACUAUUGGCAACAGUGACUGUUAACGGCCUCGGGGCUUGUUUUAAAAUAAGCAUCUAAAAGUCUUGUGGACAGAAAUAAUAGCCACACAUUUCCCUGUUGUAUAGAGAUGAGCCAAGCGCUUAAAAGCAGGAAAGCAGCUGGGAAUUUGAGAAGUAGUCCAACUCAGCCCCCCCAUGUUUACCUGUUCUCUCUCACCGUGCUCAUUCCAACAUCAACCAUGCCUUACUUCCUGAUUCAGAACACAGUUUCUUUUGUUUGGUUUUUUUGUUUAAAUCAGAAAUAUUAUUCUCACCCGUCAGUUCAGAUGAAACUCUGAACUCCCUGGUCAGAGCAUAAUGUCACCUCAUUCCUUACAAGUAUUUAGUUUAACUGACUGUAGCAUAACUUUGGUUUGAACAAAACAGCAGCUGACUGACCAGUAUAUAUGAUUUUUUUUUCCUCCUUUAAAUAAAAUGCAUACAGAUUGUUGCUAUUGAAAUCAACUUUACAUCAGAAAUGUUAUAAUUUGUCACUUACACAUCUCCAGAUAUAAAUGUAUGAAGUAGCUCUUCUGUUGAUCAGCGUCAUGAAGUCCUGACUGUGCUGAACUCCAGUUAUGAUAAAACAGCGCUGCAUGAAAAAGUUCAACAGGAAGCGAGUCCUUAAUAGUAACGUUUGAUCCAAAAACCUCCAUGUCACAAACCCAGUCUGUGUUUAUGUGCCAGAGCGGAUGCAGUGCAGAAGGGUUGACUGGUUAAAUGCAAUUACACAAACACUUCAUGAGGUGAUCGUGAGAUAAAAAGUGCUAAACAGACAAAAUUAGCAUCAAGGGAGGAAACAAAUGCUUAAUAUUCAUUGAUUUUUUUUUCAUUGUGGACACACAGACGCAUAGUUUAACCAUACAGUUGAGUUUAUGUGGUUGUUUAUGUGCAGCAGGGGGUAAUAAGAUGUCUUUGGCAUUCAAACAGGAAUUUCAAGCUUGUUUUUUUUUUGUAUGGUGGUGCAGUAUUUAGGUUAUUGAGGGGGACUUGUCUCGUGUCUCUGAACUGUGUGUUGACGUUUGGUUAUUUGUCGUAUGAAUAUUUCUGACCACAGAGUCCACAAACUUUUGAAAUUGAUAAAACUAUUGUGAACUAAAGUCAACCACACAUGGACUAGCAAAAAUAAAAAAUAAAAAAUCUUGCGACCAUUUGAAUGUUAAUUCUGCAUAUAAAAGUACAUGUGGGUUUCUUAUGGUUUCUGUUUCGAAUAUUUUAAGAGCCAUUUUUUUUCAGAUGUGCUGUUUGUGGCACCGAGUGUUUAAACCCCCGUCAUUUUCAAAAACGAUUUGGUGCUGCAGGUUUUAGCAAAUGUUGCCAAAAGUGAAUAGAGCAUCGGUUGGGGACUACUUUCAUGGCAGGCUUGAACACAUUUGGUGUCCUAGCAGCUGGAGGGUGUAUGUACUGAAGAACGGUGUCAUCCAGCAGUGUGUUCAGGACAACAAUCAAGCUGUUUGGCACAGAGGAAUACGAUAUAUCAGCCUUUGAAUACACGAUACUUCUUAAUGGUGUACACUCAUCAAUAUAAAACCUCACCGGACGUAUCCUUCAAUUUAAGGUGUUGCUUGAUCUGAUGAAGAUUUUUGAAGUGGAUAAAACCAGAGAAGGGGAAUUCUUUUGCCACAACUGUGAUUGAAAACGUUUUCUGUGUGCUGGUGUGUAGUCAUGGCAUUCAUGUAGGCCUGACAUUCUGUUAAUGUUUGAGUUCAGUUUUUGUUACCAGUUACUUUCAGUUGCACUCAGAGUGAUUCGUAACUGUAACUAACAUGAUUUAUCUGUGCUGUCUCAAGAGUCACCUACACUGAUUAGAUUCCAAACGUUGUGAUGAUGCAGAAACACCAGCUUUUGGUGUCGCUCGUUAAGUGCAGUUUUCUUUUCUUUCAUUGUAUGCCUUUUUUUAUGUUGACGACUGUGUCUUAUACUGCUGUUGCUUUUGUCCCGUGUCCCUCUGUCGUUGCUCUCGCCUCCCCCUUCCCCUCCUGUCGGCGAAGCAGCUGCCGUGCCUUUCUGCUUUCUCCUGUAUGUAGCACAUCAUUCAGACCUGCCAAACCCAUUCAGCGCUCGGCCGAGCCACAAAGGCCUACAGUGAAUGUAACUUCACUGGUUCUGCGCGAGUGAGUCGACUCGCUGAAUUCCUCAACAUGUCAGUAAGACUUUCUAACAACUAGAUACUAAAGAUAAGCUCAUUAGGGACCAAUCACGCUCGCCCCUCAGGCGAGCACACAGUCAUAAGCGAACAUGCUCUGCAAAGGCACCGCCGUUGUUCCCAAUGUGAAUGUACUUGCACUGAAUGUCUCGACGUGUGUUUGAAUUUGUACAAUUACUAGUGGUGGAAGUGAUCAGCUUUUCCGUGCACUCGUCCGUUUUGGUGCAGUUUUAGUGCUUUUGAGACGCACAUCGUCUGCCUCGUCGUGAUUUGGUGGCAUACGCUACUUUGUAGAGCAAAUCAGUAGAGAUGAGAGUUCUGUUUUCUAUAAAUAUACUUGUAAUUUGUAUCGGUGUUCACUGUGAUCAUGUCCUUCCAAAUGUUCACUCAAGGGUUUUCUUUGUUCACGGUGAAAAAUCCACACUUAAGAAGAAGGAGUCGCGAUGUUUAAUUUCCGAUUUGUUUGUCUGGAAUAUUUAGCACUUAACAUGAUUUGACAUCUUGUGUGUUUUGUGCCAUAUCUUUAAAAAAAUAAAUGUACUAACAGUCCUUUGAUAUGUUCAGUUAGGUUGAAAACUUAGAUUUAAAAAAAAAAAAUCAGGGAAUCAAAUUUAAUAAAAAAGAAAUUUUAAAUACUAGUUUUAAAAAAUCGGUUGUUUCUCUGUUGUUGUGCAGCUGUGGAAAAAAAAAGUCUCAUAUCUGUUCAUUUGUGCAACACUUGGCACCACAGUUCCAAUUCAGAUGAAGAGAUGUUUACAGGGAAGAAGCCAGUGACCACAUUAUUUGUCCAAAUUACUCCCUAUUAAGAUGCCUCCAUUUAAAUUCAUUUCAGUCUUCUAAUUAACUGACAACUAAAUUACACAUUUCAGCAUCCCAAAGUCAUCUUUACUUUUGAGGGGGGAGAAAAAAACAUGACUUGGACACUCAAGAAUCAGUUUAAUGAGAUCCUGAAUGCCAGUCAGUAAAUGGAGUUUUGCGCUGAAAUCUUUCUUUUUUUAGGAGCUUCGUUCCAAAACUAUUUUGCAUUUGAAUCAAAGCACACUAAGAAAAAAAAAAACAAGGCAUCAUCUCCUACACUGCACGAAAAUAGAUCCCUGUAAACAUCCAUUUGAAGCUUGCUGUGCAGCUGCCAAAAACUUCUGCUGCUUUUACCAAAAAACAAAACGUAGAGGCUCCCAGUUCAAGAUUUUGCACUGCCAAACCAAUUUCCUUUUUGGAAUCAAGCACUCUCAUUAAUGCAGUCUUUUAUUUAUUUUCCUGUUAGUUCUUACUGUUAAAUGGCAACUAACAUGAAACUCAACAAAACUAAAGUUGGUUAUUUCUGUUGUUUGUUUUAUCUUUGAGACACCUCGUUGUUUGUAUUCAUCAUUUUCAAUAUCGAGUAAUGAAGAAGUCCCAUUCAACCGUGUUCAUCUGGUAACAUGGAAGCAAAAAUUAGAAUAAAUGUUAGACCUGUCUAUAAGUGCUUUAAAGUGGUAGUUUCCCUUCUCUUGCUUCUGCCUCGAGGGAUCUUGAAACCCGUAACCUCCUGCUAGCUGGUCCUUGUCGUACAGAACUAGUUAGUCCUCUGACACUUGCUGACAUGCCGGGCGGUUGGAUGAGGGACGUGACCGUGUACCACAUCUCGUUUGUUUCAGUCACAUGUUCAGGCGAGGCUGUAGUGUGGAAGAGUAUUUAAUCCUCAGGUUUUCUGCGUUGUGUCAAAAUCGGUUGCUUUGAUGUUUUUAUAUUUCUCACAUUUUUAUCUGAUGUCAUUGUAAAUGGGCAAUUUUUGGCACCAUUGUUGUUUCAAUAAAACUAUGAAAAUAA